AUGAGGGAGGAGCAUGAGGAGCUGGUGGUGAAGCAAGGGAAGCCGUAUGUCUUUGAUAGAGUGUUACCUCCCAACACAACCCAGGAACAAGUUUAUAAUGCCUGUGCCAAGCAGAUUGUUAAAGAUGUCCUGGAAGGCUACAAUGGCACAAUCUUUGCCUAUGGACAGACAUCAUCAGGAAAAACACACACCAUGGAGGGAAAACUGCACGACCCUCAGCUCAUGGGAAUCAUUCCAAGAAUUGCACACGACAUCUUUGAUCACAUCUACUCCAUGGAUGAGAACCUGGAGUUCCACAUAAAGGUUUCCUACUUUGAGAUAUAUUUGGACAAAAUAAGGGACCUACUGGAUGUGUCAAAGACAAACCUUGCUGUACAUGAAGAUAAAAACAGAGUCCCAUAUGUUAAGGGUUGUACAGAAAGAUUUGUGUCUAGUCCUGAAGAAGUUCUGGAUGUCAUCGACGAAGGGAAGGCCAACCGGCACGUGGCCGUGACAAAUAUGAAUGAACACAGCUCCAGGAGCCACAGCAUCUUCCUUAUUAACAUUAAACAAGAGAACGUGGAAACUGAGAAGAAACUCAGUGGGAAGCUUUACCUGGUGGACUUGGCUGGAAGUGAGAAGGUCAGCAAAACUGGAGCGGAGGGAGCUGUUCUGGAUGAAGCUAAAAAUAUCAAUAAGUCUCUGUCUGCUCUAGGCAAUGUGAUAUCUGCCUUGGCAGAAGGAACUAAAACCCACGUUCCAUAUCGAGACAGCAAAAUGACCCGGAUCCUUCAGGACUCCCUGGGUGGGAACUGCAGGACCACCAUUGUCAUCUGCUGUUCCCCCUCGGUGUUCAACGAGGCAGAGACCAAGUCCACCCUGAUGUUCGGCCAGCGAGCCAAGACCAUCAAGAACACGGUGUCUGUGAACCUGGAGCUGACGGCCGAGGAGUGGAAGAAGAAGUAUGAGAAGGAGAAAGACAAAAACAAGAGCCUAAAGAAUGUUAUCCAACACCUAGAGCUGGAACUGAACAGGUGGAGAAAUGGAGAAGCUGUGCCAGAGGAUGAGCAGAUCAGUGCAAAGGACCAGAAGAACCUGGAGCCUUGUGAUAACACCCCCAUUAUUGACAACAUCACCCCCGUUGUCGCCAGCAUCUCCACGGAGGAGAAGCAGAAAUACGACGAGGAGAUCGCCAGUCUCUACAGGCAGCUGGAUGAUAAGGACGAUGAAAUCAACCAGCAGAGCCAGCUGGCUGAAAAACUAAAGCAACAAAUGUUGGAUCAAGAGGAGCUUUUGGCCUCCACUAGGAGGGAUUAUGAGAAGAUCCAAGAGGAGCUGACCCGUCUGCAGAUCGAGAACGAAGCGGCGAAGGACGAAGUGAAGGAGGUGCUCCAAGCCCUGGAAGAAUUAGCUGUCAAUUAUGACCAGAAAUCCCAGGAAGUGGAGGACAAAACAAGGACCAACGAGCAGCUGGCUGAUGAGCUGGCACAAAAGAGUAGUGCCCUGACAGCGACCCAGAGGGAGCUGGGCCAGCUGCAGGAGCUCAGUAACCACCAGAAGAAGAGGGCGACAGAAAUCCUGAACCUGCUGCUGAAGGACCUGGGGGAGAUCGGGGGAAUCAUCGGAACCAACGACGUGAAAACAUUCUCCAUGAACUGCUGCAACGUGGGUCGUUUUCCACGGGGUCCAUCCUUCAGGCACAGCUCCAACGUGGGUCCCACACCGAGGGGACUCAAGUCCUUCCUCCUUGAUGUGGGACAGCACCUGAAUUCCGAGGAAACAGGCCGUGCUGCUCACAUCUCACUGCUGUUCUCCUUGUCUCCACAGCACGAGGCGAAGAUCAAGUCCCUCACAGACUACAUGCAGAACAUGGAGCAGAAGAGGAGGCAGCUGGAGGAGUCCCAGGACUCUCUCAACGAGGAGCUGGCCAAGCUACGUGCUCAAGAAAAAAUGCACGAAGUCAGCUUCAAGGACAAGGAGAAGGAGCAUCUGACCCGGCUUCAGGAUGCAGAGGAGAUGAAGAAGGCCCUGGAGCAGCAGAUGGAGAGUCACAGGGAAGCCCACCAGAAGCAGCUGUCCAGGCUGAGGGAUGAAAUCGAGGAGAAGCAGAAAAUAAUUGAUGAAAUCAGAGACAUGAAUCAGAAGCUGCAGCUGGAACAAGAGAAACUGAGUGCUGAUUAUGAUAAAUUAAAAAUUGAGGACCAGGAAAGAGAAAUGAAACUGGAAAAGCUCAUACUGCUUAAUGAUAAAAGAGAACAAGCAAGAGAAGACCUUAAGGGGCUGGAGGAAACAGUGGCAAGAGAACUUCAGACUCUUCACAAUCUGCGUAAACUGUUUGUCCAAGAUCUUACCACCCGCGUUAAAAAAAGUGUUGAGCUUGACAGCGACGAUGGAGGUGGGAGCGCCGCGCAGAAGCAGAAGAUUUCCUUUCUUGAGAACAACCUGGAACAGCUUACAAAGGUUCACAAACAGCUGGUUCGUGAUAAUGCAGAUCUUCGUUGCGAGCUUCCUAAGCUGGAAAAACGCCUUCGAGCUACGGCAGAGAGAGUUAAGGCCCUGGAGAGUGCACUGAAGGAGGCCAAGGAGAACGCCAUGAGGGACCGCAAGCGCUACCAGCAGGAGGUGGAUCGCAUUAAGGAGGCCGUGAGAGCCAAAAACAUGGCCAGGAGAGCACACUCUGCUCAGAUUGCCAAGCCCAUCCGCCCUGGCCAUUAUCCAGCGUCUUCUCCGACGGCUGUCCACGCCAUCCGAGGGGGAGGGAUGUCCAACUCCAGCUACUACCACAACACCAAAUAGGCGAGAAGUCAGUUCCACUUAAGCAUGUUAAGGACUGUCAUUAAGUCACUAGUUUCUUUUCUGCCCCUCUUCGACCCGACCCACAUCCCGUUCAUCCUGCGCUUCCUCCGGCCAUCGGCAACGCACCGGUCCCAGGUACCCCGAGCUUCGCAGGACCUCCACGUGUACAGAAGUGUCCAGACCCUUCUGCAAUGUAUUGGACAUUCCCAUCUCAGUAAGGAUUAGGGAGUCUGCCACUCCGAGCCCACCUUGGCGCUGGUUUAGGUUGGCGCUUCCACACUCAGAGCGAUGCUUUCUUUUUUUUUUUCCGAGUCCUCCGUUGCAUCGGUAAAUCCCGACUUCUGGCAUCAAGGAAUUAAUUAUUCACUGACCAAGUGCCACCAAAGGCAGGUGAUUGUGCUCUGUCAUGACUGAUUUACUGUAUAAUAUACAUAUUAUUUUAUAUUUUUAGGGGAUGAAAAUGUGCUGCUAUAUGGUUUUCGUUUUACUUGCUUUACAUUUUCAGAAGGAAAUUUCCCCAAAGAACCAUUUGUAAAAUCCCGAGGGAACAAAAAAAAAAAAAACCAAAAAAAAAUAAAUAAAAAUCUUUGGACUGUGUAAAAUAAUCUUUAUUGCAGUACCUGGUAAAGAUCAAACGGGAUGCAGAGAAAUCUGUUAGUAUAGAGCUAGGAUUUGAAGUUUGGUAAUUCCAUGAAUAUUAUCUGUGUGACCUAUUUUAAAAUUAAGAUCCGAGCUGCUGCUUGUAGUUCUCCCGACGGUGGUGGGUUUUCCUGGAGUGUGUUUGUGAGCGUUGUUCCCUAGGAAGUUUUGAAGGCUUUUCAGAAUGCUGUGGAAAUCUUGUCUGGGAAAAUCUGACAAGUGUUUCCCCCCCUCUCCUCCUCCUUUCCCCUUCCCACAUGCCUUUGGGAAUUCAGAUCCCGGAGGGAACAGUCCCCGACCAGAAAGGACGUAGCUUAAAGGAACAAAGGAAAAGAAAAUCUCCCAAAUCCCAGAUACUCCCUUAAAAAAUUAGAGAGUCUAGAAGGAGGUGAGAGUUGUACACUCGAGCUGUCCUUUGCAGGCUAAAUUUGGGAAUACAUUUGCAGGGAUGUGAGGAGCACAUUCCAAGGGGAAAAGAAUGUUUUUGUAGGUCAAUGUAUGCAAAUCAUCCUACGGAUGGUGCUCACCGAGGGAAGGACGAGCCUUUCCUGGAUCUCUUUUUCCAGCCAGGCAGCAAAUUCCCAUCUUCCCAGCAAGGGGGCACUGGAAUCUCUCCGGGAAGGUGCUGCUCCUCCUCCUCCCUGCCUGCACAUUCCUCCCGGGGCAGGUGACACGGUCGGGCUUAGGGAAGCCGGGAUUCCAGGAAGGUUAGGCCGAGCAUAGCCCUCUAGUCUUCUUUUGCAGACCUUUGCUCUUAUUUAAUUUGAGAUUGGUUGGUUGGUUGGUUGUUCUUGGUUUUUUUUUUUUAAUUUCUGAACCUGUUUGUUAGUAAGAGUAGAAUUAUUCAGUUACUUAGAGUGUUUUGGAAGAUUGUGAGUUGACUUUAGAUAUUUUUUUCUACUGAAACUUAAGUUGUUGCAAAGUAAGUUGGGGCUUAAUUUAACUGGUUUGUUUUUUUUGUUGUUUGUGGUUUUUUUUUAAUGUUGCACUAUUUUGGGGAGCGUUUUGCUAAACAUAUUUAAUGAAGCUGCAAAUUUGCAUGUAUUUAAUUUAUUUUGUAUUUUUCAAAGUUUUAUAUUUUCUUUCUUUACGUGCAUGUGCACUGCCAGAAGAAUGAACUGUGAACUUGCCAUAUGCAAUCUUGAAUAAAAUCACUAAUCCACAACUACUCUGUGCUAUCUUACCAGCUGCUGGAAGCUGAAGUUUCUACUCUGAACUAAUAAUCCUCUUGUUUUGGUUCUGAAACAGCUGUUUUGGGAAAGAUACCAAACUUAUUUGCUGUCAAAAGAUUUUUGUGUCGUAGGAAAACUUUUUGUUCUGUCUUUUGAAUUGGGAGUUUGGUAUGGAAUUGUAUUGUAGAUGCAAUAUUAGCUUAAAAAAAA